AUGGGUCGUAUUGCACAUCUUGCUUCCGGCUUGGACACUGGAAUGACACCUAUUGCGCGUGAGAUCGAGCAUUUCAUCCAUCUGAUCACAGGAGUCGCUGUAUUCCUUGGAGUGUCGUUUUUCAUCAUUGCUUUCAUCCUUGGAUAUCACUGGCUCACUGCUGUGGUCUUCCUUAUUGGUAUUAUUGUCGCAAAUGUACCCGAGGGUCUCAUUGCUACCGUAACCGUAUGUCUUACUUUGACCGCAAAGAGAAUGGCCAGCAAGAACUGUUUGGUGAAGAAUCUGGAAGCUGUGGAAACUCUUGGUUCGACAUCCACCAUCUGUUCGGAUAAGACCGGAACUCUCACACAAAAUCGAAUGACAGUCGCUCAUAUGUGGUACGAUAAGGCAAUCGAAGAGUGUGAUACUACCGAAAACCAGUCUAGCGUGGCAGCCAGUAAGGGUGGGCCAACAUUGGAUGCUCUUCUCCGCAUUGCCUGCCUUUGCAAC